CGCACGAUGCCCCUAAAUAUUUCACAUUUUCAGUCGCAUGCUGUGCAUUUAACGCAUACAAUUACUUUUUUUGGGUGUUUUCCACAAUAGGGCAACAAUUUAAAAAAAUGUUGUGACAAAGUAAUUACGUUAACGUAUUUUUUUAAUAAUUGCGAUGGCUUUUGCACAUUCCUCUUCUGUGUUGAAAACACCUUCAGUGCUGGAACAAUUAUUGGAGGAAAUAAAUUUUCAAAGAACAAAGGAAAUGAGACAAUUACUUAAAGAUGAAUCUGGUUUCGUAGUGCUUCAGGGUACAACCUAUUGGACCGAUUUAUUUGUACGGCAUUUUCUUUUUCAAAACGAAUCUACAAUGGAUUGUGAUGAUUUGCUAUUUUUUGUUAGGAAGAAACAUGUCAAAGGAUCUUCAAGAUUUUCUCCAAAAUUUGAGACCGAAGUGGAUGUGUUUCGAAAAGAUAGUAGAAAAUUGCCAAUAGGAGAUCCUGAUAUUGACUGGGAAGAGACAGUUUAUCUAAAUCUAAUAAUUCAUCAAUUUGAGUAUACUCUGACGCUUGCUAUUUGUACGAGAACAAGUCCUAAGGAAUUACAGGUUCUAAAAAGACAUUCACAAAAAGUAUACGCAUCACCAAGUAAAAGAAGAAUGGAUACAAAGGGUGAGGUAGAAGAAAUAACUUAUCCCCAUAUUUGUUUUAUGGUAGAUAAUUUUGACGAAGUCUUCCAUGACAUAUUGGUUAGAGAUGGUGAAAUGGUUUGUGUUGAGUUAGUGGCUUCAGAUAGAUCUGGCUCUGUACAGGGGGUUAUAUUCUUAGGAUCCAUAAGAUAUGACGCUCUUAAAAAAGUUUAUGAUGCUAGGCAAUCCAGCUUGGGAACAAAAAUGGCACAAAGAAUGACUUUUGGUUUAUUUUCCACUUCAGCUACUCAACGAUGUGAGUUUGUUAGGAUGAAAGGUCCUCAAGGCAAAGGCCAUGCGGAAAUGGCAGUAACAAAACCAAAAGGUUCGGGGGUUGAAACUCCUACAUCGGAACCUGGGUUUUGCGCAACGGACAUGUGGGAUUCCGAUUGGGAAGAAGAUCCUGAAGAUUUUUAUGUAUAUAGAAAUCAAAGGAGGCUAAGCGAUCCAAGUGCUAACAUAAAUAAUUUUGUACGUGGUGGGUGGAAAUCUAAAUUAGACGUUAAAGCCAGAUCUGAAAGCGAGGGACUGGACUAUAUAGAUAAUGGUGUUAGUGAAAUUGAAGCAGGCGAUCUUAGAGAUGAUAUAUCUGGUACUGCAUCUAUAUCCGGAAAGAACUGCUGUGGUUGCUUCAAUAAAACAAAAAGAGAUUCAAUUACUUUAUUGGAAAUGUAUAAAAGAAAAUGCAAUAACCCAUCAAAAUGCGCCCAAAGAGCACCAUUAGGUCCUCCUGGUACACUUUGUAAAUGUACACCCCAAAUAAAUAGCCUUUUAAAUCAGUCUGAUUAUGAGGUGGACAAAGAAAAGGUAAAAAUUAAAAGCCGAAAAAAACAUAAAUGUCAGAAUGCAAAUUACACAUUCGAAAUAGCGGAUGAUGCCAUAAGUUUAAAUAAUGAAUCUGGCGAUGAUCGGUCUCCAAGUAGAAACUCUCCAACCAGUUUAAAAUCACAAAAAGAAUCAGAUAAUUCUUAUAUCAAUGUUAAUGGUAAAGAGGAACUUCCUUGCCCCGAACAGAUCGGAAAAUAUUGCAUAUCGGAUUUAGAUUUAUCAAAAAAAACACCGAAUAAAAAUAAAGAGAAUAUAGAGACUGAUGCAAAGAUAUUGGAUAUUGAUUCUGAAUGUGAUAAAUUAAAUAAAAAUAUAGAUGGAAAUUAUAAUAAACUAAGUAUUAAAAAUGUAUAUAGCUACUGCACAUUACCUAAAAGCAAGAAAACAAAUAAUCAGAAAAAUAUAAAGUAUUCAGGCCCACCCAAAAGAAUUACUCCUGAUGGUACACACAUUUAUUAUUGGUGUGAUGUUCAAAAAAAAGUAAAUCAUGAACUUGAUGAUGGUGCCUACAAUCCACUAUGGACAAUGCGAGGGUUUACGCAAACUUUUCAUUUUUGGAAAGAAAAUAAACGGGCACAAUCCAUUCCAUUGAAUGCAUUUCUAACAUACGUAACCCUACCAUGGUGGAGUAUAGCAAAAGAUAUUUUGGACCACAGAGAAGGACCUAUUUUAACGUUUUGAAGAAUCAACAUUAUUAAUAUAUAUUUAUAUCAAAAGUAAUUGUGCUACAGCAUUUUAUACUCAUUAUUGGUAGAUUUAAAUAAAAAAUAUGUUACAAGACAUGUCUUUAAUAUUUGAAAUUUUGUAUCGCUAG